AUGUCCGACAGAAGCCUAGACCGCCUCGGCCCAAACGAAAGUCAGCAGCAGCCACCCCGACGCGCUCGACCAUUCACACCACCUCCCCCUUCCUUAAUUUCCUCAGAUUUUGACAUAUAUCUGGAUUACAACCUCUUCCCAGGCCAAACCACACUUCACAACCGACAUUUACAGCCUACUGAACAGAGCCUUGAGUCGACAACCCCAACAACUACAUCGACAGCUGUGCAGGCUCCAGAACCAAAUCAAUACGUCUCUGGCAUUUAUCGAGUCUACACACCAGCUUUUGAACCAUUCAGAUUUAGGGAUCAUCCUGAAGAUCCUUACCUUCUUCGCGUCCCCCAAUCAUUGACUACUACCAGUAGCAUUGUGAAGACUUCCGAAACCUUUUUUUCUCCUCGCGAUUCAAGCAAUCCAUCCCCUGAUAUUACCGCUGCCAAUCCAAUUGGCCAGCCUCCACUGGAUCCCAGUCUUGCUUUACUUCCUCCAUACCCUCCCACCUUUGCUUACUUUCCUGAUCCACCUCCUGGUUUCGGGCCGGAUUGCCAGUACGAUCAACACGACUCUGAUAUCUAUCUCGACAUGGCGGAACCUCGUGCUCGUGCUGCUCGACACAAGGGCCAAAUGAAUUUUGCGCCCGAGCUUCGCCUUCUCCUUCUUGCAUACGGUGACCCGAGCCCACACCCUUCAUUUUCUUCUGAGCCUCUUCCGGAAACUGUCCGCGUUCUUGACGAGAUUGUUACUGAUUUUAUUUUGGAGCUAUGCCACGGCGCUGCUCAAGUUGCGCAUCAUUCAAGUCGACAGAAGAUUAAGGUGGAUGAUUUUCGUUUUGCAUUGCGUCGCGACCCGAACAAACUGGGUCGUGUGCAGGAGCUGCUCCGUAUGGAGCGUGAGUUGAAAGAGGCUCGGAAAGCCUUUGAUCAAAAUGAUGAUAAGGUUGCUAAGAAUGCUGGAAAAAACGGUGCUGUUGGUGGUUUAGAAGUUGAGCCAGAGGCUGAGCCUUCCAUUGCGGGCAAGAGAUCUGCUGGUCCUCGACGUGAAUCGGAUGCCACGGAGGAGUCGAUGGCCAAGAAGCGCAAGACUACAUAG